GUUGCCUGCUGCUGCUCGGCGAUUCUUUAGCUUCAAGCAUGUCUUCCGCUGUCGAAGAAGGCACCAAGAAGAUCACGGUGACGCGCUCGUACAAGAAGCCGAGAUGGUAUAGAUCGACGUUUUAUAACGCUCUCAUCCUUGGUAUAUGCAAUUUCCUCGCCCCGGGAAUCUGGGGCGCGAUGAACUCGCUAGGUGCCGGUGGCGAAGAGAAACCGUACCUUGUCAACGCGGCCAAUGCCCUGACAUUUUGCCUUAUGGUCGUAUCGUGCUACUUCUCGAGUGCUAUCGUCAACUUGAUCGGCAUAAAAGCGACCCUCAUCAUCGGAACUAUGGGUUACGCACCAUACGCCGCAGGCCUUUACACCAACAACCGAUACGGAAACGAGUGGUUCGUGCUCGUCGGAGCCGCGCUGUGCGGGAUCAGCGCUGGUAUCUUCUGGAUGGCAGAGGCGGCGAUCGCGCUUGCAUACCCAGAGCCGCAAAAUCAGGGCAAGUUCCUCGGCUUCUGGCUCUCCUUCCGCAUCGGCGGCCAGCUCGUCGGCGGCGCGAUUAACCUCGGAAUCAACGCUAAGAACGGGAACGCCGGCAAAGUCUCGUACACGGUCUACAUCGUCUUCAUCGUUCUGCAGGCGCUCGCGCCGUUCGCGGGCCUUCUUCUCACGCCGCCGCGGAAGGUGGAAAGGACUGAUGGGCGGGUUGUGCACCUCGAGAUUAUGGGCUCCAGUAAGGCCGAGCUCAAGGCCACCGCGAAGAUCUUCUUCAGCCGAAACUUCUUGCUUAUUGUGCCUCUCAUCGCACAAGCCGUAUACUCUGAAGCCGUGAUGUUCACAUAUCAAUCACUAUGGUUCAGCGUACGAGCUCGCGCCCUUGGCUCCUUCCUUUCCGCCAUCGCUGCCUUGGCGUCGGGCAACCUUCUCGGGUGGUAUCUCGAUCGCGUAUCCAUCAGCCUCAAACAGCGCGCUCGCACAGCCUUUUUCGUCGUCCUCGGCCUGCAAGGCGGAUGGUGGAUAUGGUCCACGGUGCUCACCACACGCUACCGACACACGCACCCGACCUACGACUGGGACACGCCCGGUUUCGGGGCCGGUUUUGCGCUCUUCCUCUUCCUCGUCAUCGGUUUCCAACUCAACUAUCUCUACCUUUACUUCGUCGUCGGUCACCUCGCGCCCACGACGGAGGACGUCGUUCGGGUGGCAGCGCUCCUGCGUGGGACCGAGUCUGCCGCCCAGGCGGUCUCGUAUGGCCUCAGCAGCGUGCACACGUUCGCCGUCUUUGGGGGCUCGGCGCUCAACUUCGGCCUGUGGGGAAUCAGCUUGAUACCAGCAUGGUUAGUCGUGAAAGAGAUUGGCGUCGGGCUGGGAGACACGAAACUUGCUCGGGAAGCUGCGCAAGACGCACGUACGGCCGAGGGAGACACGGCGUCUGAGACGACAUCGGACGAGAAAGCGCAUCACUAGGAACGGGAUGCUAUUCCAUAUUUCAUACUACAGAUAAUAGAAGGAUCCAAA